AUGCCUGAUAUUGUAGUUUUAGAACUCGGCACAAAUGAUCUGCCCUCGGUCGCUCCUGAAGUUGUCGGUUCUUCCAUCGAGAACCUUGUAGUUACUUUAAAAUCUAUUUAUUCUGUGGCAGUUGUCUGCGUUUGCCACAUUAUCCCACGAGGCGAAUCUACGAUACAUCCUCUGUAUUUCUGGGAGCGCGCCAAGGUUCUUCAACAAUACCUUGAGUUUGUGCUCGAUUCUUUAGAUUGUGUCUUCUGUUGGUGCCACAAGGCCUUUACGUGACCAGGCCAAGACUUUUAUUUAAGAAUGGAGUACAUCUUAAUGCUGUACCGCAGUUAUCGUGGUGCUAUAUUAACGGCAUUAAGCUACUUAUGAUCUGUUUGCUUGAUGAUGGCAGAUCUCUGGUUUUUAUUUGUUCACCUUUGCUCAUGGCAAUUUUUGUUUUACAUUUUAUCUUGUUUGCUGAAGGACGUUUGUCCUUCUUGUUCUGCGUAGACAUGUGGUUUGUUUUAACCUUCGUCCUUGUUCAAGUUAAUGCUUGGGGUGUUAGCCCUUGGGGGUCACCUCAUUUGUUUUGUUGGGACUUGCCAACAAUUGCGUCGACAUUUGUGUCUGACAUGGCUUGCUCCCUUGUUUCCUUUAGUCUUAAAUGUCGUCCACCGUUCUUGUUAUUACAUUCCUCCCCCUUUUUGUGUCAUUUGUCUGCCGUUUCUCUAUUUUUCUAAGUUCACUAUGCCUCGAGCAUUGGCUAGACUGGAAUGCAAACGCUCCCAGGGCGAGGCAACGACUGGCGCCACUUCCAAACGGCCGCGGCGAAAUCAGCAACCCAGUAAACCUACUAUUUUUCCGUCAGUUCAGAGUGCAGUCACUUUAGUUGACCCGUCCACAUCCUCCCCGUCGUUCAACAAUGAUCUAAUUUCCCGCCUCGCUGAUGCUGUAACCCAACGCCUUAGGCAAGAAAAUCAGCCUUCUUUGACUGCACUACAGUCUGCCGAUACUCCUGUCAUGGAGAUACCAGCUACAAUCCCUUCCACUCCUCAGUGUCUCCCGAGUCAUUCCCUUCCUGUUUUGGAAAGUGCCAUGCAAGCGUGUCAUUUGGCCACCCAGCCAGCAGUCUCACCAAGUGAGCCAUCAGAUCCCUUUAUAUCAUCCAGUCUUUCACUCGACGCGCGUGUUUCUGAAAAGAUCCGCGCAAAAAUUUGGAAUCAAGAAUAUGUUGACUUUGGCUCUCUUCUCAUAAACCCAAUCAGACAGAGUCGAUUUCAGUUAACGGUUAGUAACGCUGAAUCAGGUCAACUUACUUCCCUUUGUAUGGAGCCAGCUGAGAAGCCUCGGAAGAUAACUUCUAUCGAAUCCUGGUUAAGCGCUUUUCAUGUCUUUGUAGGUGUUUACACUAUGAAAUACCCCACUGAGUCUCCGGCUCUAAUGAAGUAUGGUUUGCUUAUCCGUGACUUGGCAGCUAGGGGUCAUAAUUGGCGUUUCUACGAUGAAAAUUUUCGUUUUAUUAAUCAAUCCCACGUUUCUUCGCUCCCUUGGGGCACAAUUCAUAGUGAGUUGUGGCUUCGCUCCCAUUCUGGCACGUCAACAAGCAAAUCACCGGGUUCGGGGGUAAGCCCAGGUCCUUGUACAAAAGCAGAUCGUCCCAUCCCUUAUGGUUUUUGCUUUAAGUUUCAUCUGGGUUUGGUUUGCGCUGGCUGUCAUUUUAAACAUACUUGUUUUAAGUGCAAUGGUGACCACAUAGCCACAACUUUAAUUUUCGUGCCUCAGGAAAUAAUAAUCCAGUCAACAAACAGCCUCUGUCUGCCAAAGGUAAAGCUACCAACCCCAGUUCAAGCAGAUAGAUUGAUUUUGCUCCUUGACGGGUAUGACCAUUCAACUGUCGAGUUUUUGAGGUGUGGUUUUACUGAAGGGUUUUCAAUUCAUUUCAAUGGUGAUUUAACUGAAAUCGUUUCCAAAAAUUUACUUUCGGCCAUACAGCAGCCCGCUGUUGUUGAGGCGAAGCUUUCAAAAGAAAUAGACGCCGGCAGAAUAGCGGGUCCUUUUAAAACUCCUCCCUUUCCAAAAUUUCGUGUUUCCCCUCUCGGAGUUGUUCCCAAGAAAGUCCCUUGUGAAUUUCGUUUAAUCCAUCACUUGUCCUACCCUAAAGGUUUGUUGGUGAAUGAUGGCAUUCCGCAUGAAUACAGUUCCGUUUCCUACGCAAACAUCGAGGAUGCCAUCAGAUUUAUUAAGAAAGCGGGCCAUGGUUGUUUUCUUGCCAAAACCGAUAUACAAAGUGCGUUUCGCAUAAUACCGAUCAACCCUAAAGAUUAUCACCUUCUAGGUAUGAAAUGGGAUAGCCUUUAUUAUUACGACCGUUCUAUGCCUAUGGGUUGUUAUAGUUCGUGUUGGACGUUUGAAAUCUUAAGCACUGCAGUUGAAUGCAUUGCCCGUCAUAGGCUGCGUAUAGAAUUUAUCCUGCACCUCUUAGAUGAUUUUCUUAUAAUCGCUCCUUCUUAUGAGGCCUGUUCACAAUAUCUAGCUUUAUUUUUGCGCCUUUGUUCUUAUUUGGGUAUCCCCAUGGCACCAGACAAAACAGUUGGUCCAUCGACUACCUUAUCUUUUGCAGGCAUUGACUUAGAUUCUCUGUCUAUGAAAGCCCAACUCCCCUGUGACAAAAUUCAUAAAUGCACUGCUUUAAUUUCGCAGUUCCUUUGGCGUAAGAAAGUUACCCUGCAGGAGCUCCAAUCUCUCCUUGGUCUCCCAAACUUCGCUCGUGCUGUUGUUAAACCUGGUCGUGCUUUUCUGAGGCGACUGAUCUUACGCUUGGAAUACGGUCAGCCCAUCACCUCAUUCGCCUAA